AUGUUCGCCGCCAGACGCUCUGCUGCUUCGACGCGGCAGCUGAUGCGCCAGCCGCCUCGUCGGUUUGGCUCCCACUCCGCCCACUCCGAGCCCGUGAACGAGGGCUUCGGCCGCAGUUUCUACGUCACCGCCGGCUCCAUUGCCUCCGCGUACAUCCUCUACCGCAUCAGCUCCGCCAGCCAGGAAUCCGACUCCGAGUCCUUCAUCGCCGGCCUGGUCAACAAGUUCAGCACCCCGCAGGAGGUUCUUGAGCAGCGCAAUGCCAUUCACACCGCCCUUCUUGAGAAGGCCGCCGAGGACCGUCACCUGCUCCAAUCCCAGGGCCCCCGCGAGUUCAUUGAGCUGAAGCAGCCCGACAUGUUCAACGCUCGCCCCCCAUACAACGUUUCCCCCGGUUCCCAGGCCGAUCUGAGCGCCGUUGUGGCUCACUACGAGCGCCAGAACAGAGACAUCGAGGAGGCUCGUGCUGCGCGGAUGAAGGACGGCAAGUCCGUCUACGAGUAA